CGAGACUAGUCACAUGCAUGUACGUACGUCUAUUGAAAAGCUAAGAUGGCUUCUAGUUUGCUGUUAGCCACACUUCUGCUCCUGCCCUGUCUUUCCUCUUGUGCCUUCCCCUGGCCAGACAAUGUCACACAGCACAAGGGAUACAUUGAGGUGAAUAAGACUCAUGGAGCGAACCUGUUCUACUGGUUCUUCGAGAGUCGUCAGACCCCUGAGAAGGACCCCCUGGUGGUGUGGCUCACUGGGGGGCCGGGCUGCUCAAGCAUGCUGGCUCUCCUUGUUGAGAAUGGCCCCUUCCUUAUUCCCGAGGGCAAGACUGAACCAGAGAUCAACAAAUAUGGCUGGAACUCAUUUACCAACGUGAUGUUUAUUGACCAGCCUGUUGGCACUGGGUUCUCGUACGUCACUAGUCCCCUGGGUUACGUCACUAACGAGAAGACCAUCGGCAAAGAGCUCUGGACUAUGAUACAGGAGUUCUACACUUUGUACCCAAAGUAUGCCAACCUGGACCUCUACAUUGUGGGAGAGAGCUAUGCUGGGCACUACGUCCCUGCCACUGCUCAGGUCAUCCUGGAGAGCAACUCUGUCUAUGUCAAGAAUCUGAAGGGAAUUGGCAUUGGGAACGGAUGGGUAGACCCGUACAUUCAGUACCAAGCAUAUGCACAGUUUGCCUUGCAAAAUAAGCUGAUCAACGAGUCGACAGUCAAGAUAGCCGGUGUCAUGUACGACGCCUGCAAGUUGCUAAUAGACACUGGUGUGUGGUUGGCUGCCUUCCCCGAAUGUCAGAUUAUUGAGACGUUUGUGUUGGAGGCUGCUAAGCUUCACUUGGGACGUAGCAUCAAUGUGUACGACAUACGCAAGAAGUGCGAAGAUCCUCCACUCUGCUACGACUUCUCCAGGGUGGACACAUUUUUGAACCGUAAGGAUGUUCAAGCAGACCUAGGGGUGAAUCGCAAAUGGGAGUCCUGUACGACAGGCGUACACUUCCUGUUGCUUGGUGACUGGAUCAAGGACUUCAAGUCGGCUACUGGGAAAGUCCUAGACCAGGGUCGGAGGGUGGUUGUGUACAGCGGGAAGGAGGACUACAUCUGUAACUAUCUCGGGGGAUCAGAGUGGACCAACGUGACUCAGUGGAAAAACCAGGAUGAGUUUGAGAAGGCAUCCCUUGUUCCGUGGCAGGAUGGAGAGGGAGAAGUGUUUGGGCAGGUCAAGAGUGGUGGAGGGCUCUCCUUCGUACAGGUGGAGAGAGCAGGGCACAUGGUACCCAUGGACCAGCCUAUAGCAGCUCUGGACAUAUUGGACCACCUGGUCAACUCUCCUUUCCCUUGAGCAACUUCCCCCCCCCCCCCUCCUCGAACUGUGAACAUGAAGAUAAACUUUGAACUGUAACACAUUUACUGUAAUAAUUUUUUACUAACACUUAUAUUAUAAGUUUCGUAACAAUCAUGCCAAAUAAAACCAAAAAUAAUGAUUAUUUGUACAACAGU